AUGACGGUAUCAACGCCCAAGAUUCAACGCCUCGGUCGGUCCGAUACACAGGGCAUCAUCGACGCCAUUGCCAAAGAUGGGUGUUGCGUGGUGAAGGGGUUCGCAGACCCGGAAACCGUCGAGACGGUGAACAACGAGGUUCGGCCGUAUCUCGACGCCGAUAAGCCAUGGAAGGGCGACUUGUUCCCGCCGGAAACACGACGAUGUUCCAACCUCGUGGGACGCAGCAAGACGGCGCGGGAGACGUGGUUCGUCGACCCCCUGAUCCGGUCGGUCAACGCGGCCUUCAUCGACAAGACGACGUCCAACUACUACGGCGAGACGAAGCACACGUACACGUCGGAGGCGGUGUGCACGAUCGCGCUCACGUUCGACAUCGGACCGGGGGCGCAGGCGCAGAGGCUGCACCGGGACGACAAGAACUACCACGUCGACCACGUCGACCAGACGGCGACGGGGUACCGCAACGGGUCCGACGUGCUGAUCGGGUUCCUGAUCGCGGGCGUGCACACGUCGUUCGAGAACGGCGCGACGCUCGCCAUCCCGGGGAGCCACCUGUGGGACGCGGCCCGCGUGCCGCACCGCCACGAGGCCACCUACGCCGCCCUCGACCCGGGCGACAUGUGGAUCAUGCUGGGCAGCCUGUACCACGCCGGCGGCGCCAACGUCACCGCCUCCGAGCACCGCGUCGUCCACGGCUUCUUCUACGUGCGCGGCUACAUCAGGCAGGAGGAGAACGCCUACCUCAUCAACAGCCCCGAGGACGUCCUCGGGUGGUCCCCCGAGGUGCAGAAGUCCAUGGGUUACACCCUGUCGAGUCCCAACGUCGGCGCCGUCUUCUUCAGGCCGCCUCUGCAGUACAUGAGCGGCGACGACGCCGAGUUUCUGGGCGAUUUUGAUCCGAGUCAGGAAGGCCGGAAGUGA